GUCAGAAUGGACGAAGAAACUGCAAUGGACCUGAUCUGGAUGUGGGGCUGCAGCCAGCACUUCAUGGAUGCUCUCGACGUUGACCGUUUUCUGGAAAGGUGAACGAGCUCUGGAGUGUGUCCCUGAGCCGCAGUGGAACCAUGGAAGCAGCAAAUACUUCGUCUCCGCGGUGGCUUGCUUGUGCGGAUUCGGUCGCAGCGCUGAGGCUCCAUGUUCCGUCUAUGUUUCUCCGCUUGGGGCGCGCUGUUCUGGACUUGGUGUCCUGCAUGGGUGCGCUCGAGAGCCUCCAGAUUAGCGGGGGAUGCUACAGCAGCGAUCUUGCGCGCAUGGCACCUCGCCGGCGCCUGCGGAGAUCGUCGCUCUCCAGAGUCAACGCGAGGUUGCUCGAGGAGCUCCUCGCAGCUUGCCCGCUACUUGAGGAGCUCCACGUCAGGUGUCUUGACGGUCUCUCCAGGGCCCGUCUCACGGUGUCGAGCGCCAGCCUCAAGAGGUUCACCUUGAUGGGGAGAUGGCUGGACGGCAUCUUGAGCUCUUACGGUAUUUUCCUCGACACUCCCCACCUUCAAGGUUGGCAGCUUCAUCUGCCUCAGUUUCCAAUCGGAGAGCCUAGAAGUCCUGACGAUGUACGCUCACUGCAAACUCAACAGGAAAUUUGACAAGCUCCGGAGCUUGAAAAUCGGGGGAUACUGGGAGCUGGAUGAAUUGGUGAGGCUCUUCGAGCUCAUGCCCACAAUCACAGAGAUUACCUUUGAACAUCUGGAAUGGAAGCACCAGAAGAGCGUUUCCCUUCUUCUGGAGCCCCUCGUCAACUUGCGAAUCGUCCAUUUCGUCACCGGCUGGUUACAGGCGCUCGAAUCCUCGUGACUUACAUGCACUUGAUUUCCACCUUUGGUUGAAUGCUGUCGAUUAUAUUGGUGAUAUCUCUUUCUUGAGGGGCUUGUUCAAGCACCAGGGAGCCCGUGAACUUGUGGUCCAUUGCUCUGAUAUGAUCUCGUGGAGUUCUUUCUGCGAAUUCAACAGAGAAAUUCCUGAAGAGUGGCAGAGCGUUCUUUUCGACUUGAUGGUGUUCUAUCCAGGUUGCAUCUCCUUUGCCGACAAGUGAGAUGAAAAAC